GUUCGCUGUAAACAAUACGUAUUCAUCCGCGUUUCGCCCAUUCGUGGUUUAAAACAAGCAAAAGGUUCCUUUAUCUUAAGCAAAACACAUCAACAGUCAUGACAACGGAAGUUCCAGAGCGGUUGAUCAUUGGCCCGAAGGAAGGUGUAACCUAUCCGCUAACGGUGGCUUACUGCGGCAACUGCUCCAUGCCGCUCGAGUAUUGCGAAUACUAUCCGGACUAUGAAAAAUGCAAACAGUGGCUCGAAAAGAAUCUGCCGGACGAGUUCGAACGGAUGAAGAUGGGUGCGGCAGGUUCCGGACACGGAGGCAGCAGUGCCGGAACGGGAUCCACCACCAACCCCGCGACCGAGUCGGCCGAUACUGACGAGGGAAAGAAACCACAGAAACGGGGCGGCAAAGGUAUUAUGAAGACCAAAAAGGCAAAGGACGACGUACCGAAGAAGGUGUGCCUGUCGCGGUCCGCGCGCGGCAAACGAAAGUCCGUCACCGUGGUCACCGGACUGGCGACGUUCGAUAUCGAUCUAAAGCUUGCGGCCAAGUUCUUCGGCACCAAGUUUGCGUGCGGUUCGUCCGUCACCGGGGAUGACGAGAUUGUAAUUCAGGGCGACGUCAAGGAUGAGCUGUUUGAUAUCAUCCCGGAAAAGUGGCCCGAAAUUGAUGAGGAUUUCAUUGACGAUCUGGGCGACCAGAAGCGUUAAGACAUGCUACUUAGUAAUAUAACCUUCUGCACGGUUCGCGCACCAAACCAUGGCUGUUGAGGAUGGCGAAAAGGGAUGAAUCUUUGAGCUGCUUUAAAUCACGCGUAGCAAAUGAAGGAAAGUGAAAGCGUUAAUAUUAUAACAACAGGAUUGUAAAAAUAAACAAAGCAUUCUCGUCUGCUUUUACAA